AAAACAAAUCUUUAAAUAAUUAGGAUGAACACCAGGGCUAUUUAUACUGUCCCUCUUAGCUAAAGAGCAAUGCCAAGCGCCUCUCUGCCGUCCUGGGAGCUCAGCGUCUACCUUGUCAUCACAGUCGGAUUUCACUUUUACUCCUUCCAUCAAGUGUACCAAGUCUCCAGAAAUUAUGAAGAAGAACUUGAUGCUGAAUUUGAAUUUGAAGAAGGAUUCUUUAUUUGGGGUUUUAAGAAGGACCCAACAGACUUUGAGUGGAGCUUUUGGACAGAGUGGACAAGGAAGUUGCUGUUGUGGACUUUGCUUGGUCAUAUACUUGUAUCACAAGUGACCAAAGCCUUUUUACCAAAGUUUAGGAUAUGGUUGCUGAUGAUGUAUGGGAUGUUGGCCUGCUUCCUUACAGUGGGCUUCAAAGGCCUGGUAGUAAUAUUACUGCAUGUGUCCAUCUCCUAUGCGGUGGCCCAGCUCCGAGUGCCUGUAUUAUCUUGGCUGUGUUCAAUAAUACUUCUGUACAGCUUACAAAUGGACUCUCUUGGAAAAAUUCAGAGACGCUGGUAUAAGACAGAGAACGAAUACUUCCUGCUUUUAUUCUGCUUGGCUCUUUGCAAUCUUCGCUACACAAGUUUCAGUUUAGAGUACUGCUGGUACUAUGAUGGACCUCAAAGACUUGGUGUAUCCUUCUGCUGGCUGUUGGCAUAUGCAUUCUACUACCCUGUAUUUCACAAUGGUCCCAUCGUAUGCUAUGAUGACUUCAUUAAUCAGAUGAGAAAAGAAAAGGUAUCUGUGCCCAAAAAAGACCUGGCAUGCUUGUUGUUGAGUGGAAUGCGCAUUGUGUUCUGGUGGUGCCUGACAGAGUCCAUGCUUCAACUCAUGUAUAUUCAUGCAAUUCAGCAGCAAGAAACAAUAUUGGAAUCUGCAUCUUACUGGACUUUAGGUGGCCUUGGUUUUGCUCAUGCAUUAUUUUUCUACAUGAAAUACCUGCUGUUUUACAGCAUUCCAUCAAUUAUCAUGAGCUUGGAUGGAAUUGAAGCACCAAGAUUGCCAAGGUGUACCAGUAGUUUAUACAGUUUUACAGGAACAUGGAGGGAGUUUGAUGUUGGAUUGCACCGUUGGUUGGUAAGGUAUAUUUACAUUCCUUUGGGAGGGUCGCGACAUGGUGUACUACGGAUCAUGUUUUCUUCUGCUAUGGCCUUUAGCUUUGUUUGCUACUGGCAUGGUGGCCAUAGCUUCAUGCUAAAUUGGGCAGCUUUGAACUGGGCUGGAGUAAUGGUGGAAAGCAUAUUGAAGAUGGUCUGUUCCAUUUCACCUGUUCGGGAGAUUAUUGAAAGGUCCUUAUCGGCCAGAAUGCAGCGUCGGGCUCAUGCUGCCUUGGCAAGUGUUGCCACAACUCUGCUUAUUUUAUCCAAUCUGUUGUUUCUCUGUGGGAAUCGAGUAGGAAAGAUCUAUUGGAACAGAACAUUUUUACAAGGUUGGCCAUGGAUACCCGUGGCAGUUCUGGCAUAUUUCUACUGCUAUGCCCAAGUGGGAAUUGAAUACGACCGAGUCAAAAAUUAAAUCUUCUGUUAACUGUGCUGUAUUUUGUUACUCGUAUAAAUACUGAUGGUGUUAAAAGAAACGUGCUGUCAAAUCUUUUCAUCGACAUUCAUCAGGACAGAAUCACAAGAAUACCAACUCUCAAGGAAAACAGUUUAUUACCUCUACCAAUCAGAGUCCACUUGCCAGCAAAUCAGGAUUGUAUGAGGUAUAAAUUGUUGUUCCAUUUUACGGCACUGCUCAUGUUCUGAACUGUCAAGCAAGUAAAAAUACUGGACUUAUAAAAAUCUCCUUAUUAGUUUAAAUUUAAAAUGCAAAACACUUUUUCUUAAUUUAGAUUCCUUUUGGCUGCAUUGUCGUCUUCGAAUUUGCUUACUGUCUGAGUAAACUUAAUAUGUGUCUCCUGCAAUGUAUAAGAUUUGGGGAGAGAAAUUCACUGGAAAUGGAGCUACGUCAAUUUCCUUGGGGCAAGGGGAGUUUGCAGUGGAUACCAUCCAUGACAUUCUUUAUUGAUAAUAAAGGAGAAAGUGUUCAGGUUUUGGCACUGCUUGCUUCCAGACAAUCAAGUAAUAGUGCAGCAUAUCUGUGCAAACAAAUUUGUCUCCCUUGGUGUGUGUGAAUUGUACUGCAAAAAAAAUAGUGGGGUGGGUUAGCCCUGUUGGCUGGAUGGUUGAAUGGCAAUGCAGAGUACCACCAAUGACAUGGGUUCAACUGUUGCACCCUCUGAAGUUACCAUGAAGAACUCUUUUUCUCAACCUCUCCCUGGCCUGAGGUGUGCUAAUUGUCAGGUUAAACCACCAGCGGUUAGCUCUUUCUGAGAAAGCAGCCCUAUGAUCCAUAGGACAAUAGUGACUUUAUUAGCACUCAUUGGCGUAACUUCUAAAAGCACAGUGAAAUUACCUGUUAUUUAAAUCCUUUUGGUGUCAAUUAGUCAAAUUAAUGCAAAUAUAUGAAAUUCCCCUACCUAAUAUUUUACCAAAGUCUUGUCUACUAAUCUAAUGGUGCUAUAAAAGGAAGACAGACUGUUCCAAACACUUGCUCGACGUAUAUAUUUGAGAGAUUCCCACCAAGCAAAUUUUUGUACUUGCUUUUGUACUGGCUAAUUUCCAAAAUUCAAUUAGGAUUCAGUGUCUGUUUUACUAACUGAGAUUAAUGCAGAUUAGCUGAUAAAUUAAAUCUUGUUACUAAUACCAAAGAAGAUUUGAAGGGUCAUAUUAAAUGAAAAAAAAAUCUGUUACCUAUAGGAAUUAACCAGAACUAGAUUGCGAUGCAAAGCUGAAACAAUGCCUUACCAGUGAUAGCAGGUCAAGGAGUGCACUGGCUAGACAUUCACCAGCAGUUUACCUUCUUCCAUAUCUGUGCUUACAUUUGAGUGUUUACAUCACAACAGAUAAAGCACACAUUCUAAUGAACCAAAUUUAACUGCAUCAUGGCAAGCUGUUGCAUUACAAUUGAUAACACAAGGAUAAUUCUACCAACAAGGUAAGUUUAUGUCAGAAAGGAAAAUAAUGUAGAUCUUAAUUGUAAUUGCUUCUUCUUUGUUUCAAUAACCUCUAGCUUUACAUUUUGUGUUCCCUGUAUCCAUAGUCAUUGAAAUUACAUAUAUGUAAUCUAUGCAUGGUCAAACAUUAGACAUACAUUCUUCUAUCUUGACUGUGGGUAACCAAGUCCUCGUCUUGAUCACCCCCACCAUUAUCCAUCAGUGCAUUUACUCCGAUCUCCAGCCCAGUGGAUUUUCCCUUGCUUGAGUUGACUUCUACUGAAUUACAUGUAGCCAAAUAAUCAUCAGCAAUGGAACCUUCUGUUACCCCUCAUUAUUACAUUUGGAGUCAUCAAGGAUCACAGCCUUGAGGUCAACUUCCACAUGUUUACUUGUGACACCCAGCUUCAUCUCCACACAGCCUCCAUGUUUUCUGUGUUGUUAGACUUCUUGUCCAACAACCAGUCUUCGACACAGUUUCCAUCAACUAAAUCUUGGAAAAAUUGAAACCUUGUCCUCUGCUACAGCUACCAAAUUAUAACCAUGACAAUAUUUAUGCUACCUCUUCUAAAGUUGAAUCGGACUGUGCAUAACCUUGCAGUUCUAUUCCAACUUACAUUGGACUGCAGGUGCAAGACUUGCCUGUGUCAAAGACCACCUACCUAUAACACUGAGCAGGAUUUUCCAGAUAGUAUAAUUUCCCACCUUGCCAUCCAGAGUCAGUGGGGAAUGCAGCCUGAAUUCAAUGUUUUAAGAAGGUUAAUUUACUGGAGGUGGGACAUCAAAGCUGAGGCCAGGUGGAUGUGGUCCAGAGGCAGCCCCACCAGUAAGUCUGCUGGCAGGUCAAGUGAUAUUCUGCCCAUUGUCCACCUCAAACCAUUUGCUACUGGAACCCUUAUCUCUGCUUAUCUAACCUCACAACAAAAGCACAAUGAGAAAUGUAAACAAAUUGUUUUAAUUAUGUAGGCAGGAAAUGCAAUAAAGGAAGAGAGGCAUGCUGGGGAUGAAAUGAAGGAAUUUACCAAGUCAUAACUAUGAAGACAGUCCAAUGAACGGGAAGGAGAGUUGUCAUCUGGAGAAUGUUGUGGGACUAUAGAAUAAAAAAGAACAGGAACAACAGUCAUAGAUAAACCUACUCAUAUUAAAAUUAAGGGCUACGGGGAGAGUGCGGAUAAGUGGAGUUGAAAUGCCCAUCAGCCAUGAUUAAAUGGCAGAGUGGACUCGAUGGGCCGAAUGGCUUUACUUCCACUCCUAUGUCUUAUGGUCUUACGGUUUUAAAAGAACAUUAAAAUGUGACUGACAAAUCUUCUUUCUCCAAAACAGCUGCUUCUGCACGUGUAUUUCCUCUCUUGAUCCCUCACUUUUCGGUAGUGUCUUUUGGCAUUGAUUUCAUCCCAGAAUUAAAGUUUAAGCAAAUUUUGUGAUUCUAAUUUAGCAAUGAAUUUAACAGUGUCCCUUGUUGGUUGUUUAGAAAACCUUUGUUUUUUUCAGCAGAAUUAUACAAUGCUUGAACAAUUUCUCCAUGAAAAAGUGUUAAUCCUCUUUAUGUAUACUGAGUAGAUAUUGUUCUUCCAGUAAUGGUUCCUAGUUUGCAUUGGUCCAUUGGAUAGCUAUGGCUUUAAAUAGUUCUGAAUAUUCUUCUUCUGAUCAUUCUUAGCAAUUUCUCACAAUUCAUUUGACUUAUUGUUCAUUCAUACUUUUUUUUUAAAGAAUAUAGUUUUAGUCAAAUUAAGGUUGAGCCGUCAUUAGACACUGUAAAGUUUUAUUUUGCAUAUAGCCUGUCACAAUUUAUUUUACCUCAAACCUCAAAAAAAUUCAAAUUCAUUCUAAUUGUAUUGUGACAUUAUAAUGUCCUGUAUAGGUCCUAUUAUGAUUUUUCUCAUUUAGAUCAACUGAUUAGUGUUAAAUUGUGCUGAUCCUUGCAAUUGCCUAGAAAUUGCCAAACAAUGCUUGCUAUUGUAGGGCUUUUAAUUGCUUCAGAAUGAUGUUUCUGUCUUUUUUUUAGUGGACUAAGUAAGGUUCCCAAGGUGAAGACAGUAUUUUUUAUAUGUCAUUGUUAACUAUGAAUAACAUGAGAACCAUAUCAUGCAGCAUAUUAUUUCAAAAAUGAAAUUAAAAAAGGAGGGGAAAUGUGCCAUUUAAUAAGCAGACAAUCACUGAUCUCAUUGAUUUAUACACAAAUCCA